AAAGACAGACCGACUGUAGGACUAGCAUGGCUAAAUCAAUCAAGAAUAUAUUUAGUUACGGGGUUCAAGAUGUUUCCUUCUGUCUGUUACAUACCCUGUCCGAAUAAAUAGUAUGGCAAGGUUCCCAGGACGUUCCCGACAACAAUACAAUAGGUUUAGAAAAGACAGCUGCCUACCUGCGAGUUUAUAUACAUACAUAUAUCUUUAAAGCUAAACAAUAGAUAAACGUACAAUUCGACCAGGACACUUUUAGAUGUUGCAGUGCCCCUGACCCGGAAUAACGAAAUUAUUCCUUUAGCAUGCAAUAACUUACCUGUAGUAUCAAGGUCCAGAUCAGAUUUAAUUGCAGGAUGUAGCUUACGAAAGUGGUUCUCUCGCCCUUCGCUGCCUUUCGUAAUCGGAAUUUUCGCUCUUGGCGGGGUAGCAUGCACCCUUGGAGGCAUUGUGUUAGGUAGCACUGGUCUUAUAGAGCACUCAACUCAAUAUUUAAGCGCGGCUCUCUUGAUGAUUGGAAUCGGUGUUUCAUUAUUGGUAAUAUCCGGCGCUAUUUGGCGACUGAGUUUACCAGACGACGUAGAUGAGUGUACCUGCUUUAGACGUAUGGAAAGCUGUCGCAAUUGCAAUAGUCCGCAAUGCAGCAAUCGUAUAUUAUCUGGUAGUUACUUAUAUCCAGAGUUCCACCACCGCCCACCACCGCCAUCAUACCUGUCCUCGAUUAACGAGUACACCUUCUUUUACCACCACACUCCCUGUUCCUCAACGUCAACAGCAACCUACGUAGGAAUAAAUACUCCACCACCGAUGUAUCAUUCAACAUACUCGCUCAAUAUUUCAGCUCCUAUUAACCGUUCGGCUAGAUUCUCAAUGUCGCAGGCAAGCGAGCAUUCCACGGACGAUCAACAUUUAGCCGCAGCCUCCAGAGCAGCUUUCCGCCAAACAUUAUGUAAGGAAGAAACUGUACAGGCAAUACCGGAAGCUGAACGUCUGAUGAAAAGAAUAGAAGUGCAAGCAUAAUAUAAAGAAAAUGAAUUCGAUUAGGCAGCAGGUUUAUUAUAUGAUUAAAGUUUCUCAAGACAGAUCCGAACUUUUACAAUAA